AUGACGCUCGUUACAGCACGCUCCGCCGCUCGGCGCGCUGCUGUACUGCCCAAGCGCCUUUUACUACGCGCGGCGUCCACCAAAACGCCCUCUUCAUCCGGCACUCCCACGACCUCGGGACAACCACCGCGCUUUCAACUGCCUGCUGAAAAGCUGCGCCAGCUUAUCUCUCUAUACCACCAAUCGCGCGACUUUGUUACGCCCGAGAAUCUGGACCGAAAGAUAGAUGAGGCUUUUGUAGAGAUGCCUGCCGGAAACCUACACUCUACGAAUUCCGAACCUCGCAAAUCCUACCCAGACCUGAUAAACGACAUUGCACGGCGGCGCCAGCAACCGGCCGUACGCCCAGUCGCUAUUGUGACGCAGGCCCAGAAUAUACGCCAGAACGUCGCACGUUCAGAGGCUAUAUUUGAAGCGCUGUACGGGUCAAGCAACGGACGCAAGCCUGGACUUGAACUCGUGUUGGAGACCUGGGGAUCGACGUCGAAACGAUUGGAGGAGCUCCAGGAGGAGAAAGUGCCGAGCGCACCUGUGCCGAGAGGGAGGUCAAAACCGGUGUCGAGGCGUUCAUGA